AGCGCGGAAGCAGCGUGGUCCAUUCUGUGUCUGGCUCGCCGACUGACUGGCUGCCUGCCUGACAACCACCCGGGAGAAAGUUGGUCUUGAGUUCGCGGUCAGCACACUGCCAACAUGUCCGGAGACGAUGAGACACAGGAGCAGACCAUCGCCGAAGACCUGGUGGUCACCAAGUACAAGAUGGGAGCAGAGAUCGCAAACCAGGCUUUGAAGAAAGUAGCCGAGGCCGCUGCCGCCGGAGUCUCCGUGCUCAGCCUCUGUCAAAAAGGAGACGAAUUCAUCGCGGCAGAGACGGGUAAAAUCUUCAAGAAGGAAAAGGACAUGAAGAAAGGCAUCGCUUUCCCCACCUGCGUGUCGGUCAACAACUGCGUGUGCCACUUCUCCCCGCUGAAGAGCGACCCCGACGUCGUCCUGAAAGACGGGGACCUGGUGAAGAUUGAUCUCGGCGUGCACGUCGACGGCUUCAUCUCCAACGUGGCUCACAGCUUCGUCGUCGGAGCGACCAAGGAAAACCCUGUGACGGGACGGAAAGCUGACGUCAUCAAAGCGGCUCACCUGUGCGCAGAAGCUGCUCUCCGGCUCGUCAAGCCAGGCAACCAGAACACACAGGUCACAGAAGCCUGGAACAAGAUCGCCAAGUCGUUCAAGUGCUCCCCAAUUGAAGGCAUGCUGUCUCAUCAGCUUAAGCAACACUUGAUCGACGGGGAGAAAACCAUCAUCCAGAACCCGACGGACCAGCAGAGAAAGGACCAUGAGAAGGCCGAGUUCGAAGUGCACGAGGUGUACGCCGUGGAUGUGCUGAUCAGCACCGGAGAGGGAAAGGCAAAGGACGGCGGCCAGAGGACCACCGUUUACAAGCGAGACCCCAACAAGGUCUACGGGCUGAAGAUGAAGACGUCGCGCACGUUCUUCAGCGAGAUGGAGAGACGGUUCGACACGAUGCCCUUCACCCUGAGGGCGUUCGAGGACGAAGGCAAGGCCCGGCUGGGAGUGGUGGAGUGCGCCAAACACGAGCUGCUGCAGCCGUUCGCCGUGCUGAACGAGAAGGAGGGGGAGUUUGUGGCCCAGUUCAAGUUCACCGUGCUGCUCAUGGCCAAUGGACCUCUGCGGAUCACCAACAGCCUCUUCGAGCCUGAGCUCUACAGUUCUGAGCACGACGUGGAGGACCCCGAACUGAAGGCUUUGCUCCAGAGCUCGGCCAGCCGCAAGGCUCAGAAGAAGAAGAAAAAGAAGGCUUCAAAGACGGUGGAGAACGCCACAGGACAGGCGAUGGAGACCGAAGCUGCCGAGUAGAUUUCAGUCAGCGGCGACAGAAACCCGACGACCCAAAGAACAGACGUCACCAUUUCUUUCUGUCCCGGCUGUCUGAGGGACUCGAUGGGCGUAGCUGCUGUGAACGCCUCUGAUGUCAGUCUGGGAGGAAGCUGCUCCUGAAAUUCUGUCACUCCCAACAAAAAAACACACACAUAAAACACGGCAUCGAGUCCCGUUUAUUCUACACAAACCUGACUUUUACAUUACAGGCACCUCCAUCCACACGUGAUCCUAAACAAAAAAAAAAAAAACGACCUGACGAUCUGGCUUUGGUCCCUGGAAGGCACAUUUACCCCAGAAAAGCUCCCAGUGAGGUGACAACAGCAACGCAGACGAAAACCGGUUGGCGAAAACCAGAUUUGUCUCUGAGCGCCUCCAGUUCCCCACUUAGAUGAGGGCAUAUUUCACCAUUCCGCUUUCUCUCAGCGUUCCCUUCAGUUUCCACCGUUACGACAGUGAAAGAUGCGGGGAAAUGCAACCGGUUUGAGCCGGCGUGUAGGAUGUGAUGUGGCAUUUAGAGGAUUACAGGUGGUACGGCCUUUUGAAAUUAUUAUUAACCUGUGGACAGAGUCAUUGGCAUACACAAUUUUAUCCCAUCUUUUAUUGUUCCUGAUGAAUAACGCUCAAUCUCAGCAUUCACACUACCAUCAUUUUAGGUCUGUGCUCUUGUUCAUUGUGUGAGUUUACAGCAGACAACUCUCAACUUCUAAAAGUGACUCCUGGAAACCUGUCAUGCCGUUAAACGCUCCCGUCGGGCGGAAAACCUCCUUUUGCUCGGCGGUGGACGGUUCAAACUCCUGCCAAGGUUUCGGCUUUCGGUCCUCUGGUGACGCUCGUCUGUUUUUACACCAGAACUCCACACCUGUUAGAUUGUUGGGCGCUUUUGUAAAUCCUAGUUUCAGAGACUAUUUUUGGAAACAAUAAAAUGACCACCUGACAUCAA